CAAGCCAACGUUGGAAGGCCAGUGGUAGUAGCGCUUUGAUAGCUCCAUUUAUCAGCUUGAAACAACAACAACAAUAAUAACACUAAAACGAUUUAAAGUAAUUCAAACCACUGUCAACGGACCUGUGUUUAAGCGUUUUAUCCAUUUAGACUGGGCGUUCUUUUUUCUUUUUUUUUUAUUAUUGUUGUUUUACGGCGCUUUUGUUGACUUCAGCCAAGUUAGCUUUAGCUUAGCUUUGGUUCGCCUUACGCCCGGUGGUCAGUUAAACGCCAUGCUGGAACUAAGUGAAAACGAAGAAGAGGACGUUAAAGAAGAGGUGGACGUAAACACGGGACCAAAUCCGCAAUCAGGUGAAAGUACUGUAGGGAAGCCGCCAGAGGGUGACAAAGAGCCGGGGAGGGAUAGAGAAGAGCAGCGGGCUGGAAGGUCACCUCCAGAUAUGCUGGGAAGUGUGAAAGAAGCAGAAACACAUUCCCCACACUUUCCUGAUGACUCAGAGCAGCUUAAAGACCCCCAGAAAACAGAAAAUGUUGGGAACUCGACAGCGACAGUGAAGGUGGUGCUGGAGCCUGAGGGUCAUGUGAUGACUGUGGCUUUCGCCAUCGGCCUCAGCAUUCAGGAGCUGAAGACUCACCUUGCUUCAGAGCUCAGAGUCCCCGCUGAGGUCCUUCAGCUGUCUCUGGAUGGCAGAGAGGUGGAGGAACAGCAGAGUCUGAUGGAGCUUGGCGUCCGUCCUCACAGCUCCACAAGGAUGGAGAUGAGCUCUACUGACCCAAGCUCCCACCCCCUCCGCCCCAUUCGCCCACCAGAGCAUGACAGCAUGCCUGACGUUAUCACUGUACAAGUCCAAACAGGUGAGGGCGUGUUCCAGGAGGUGGUGGUGGAGAUUGAGCGCCCCCCCCAGCAAAAGGCCUUCCUAGGCGGUUACAGGCACCAGCUGACAGGAGUGGAGUAUCAUCAUGCAGCCACCCAGACACUGCCCAAGAGAAGACCUGACAGAGGAGUCAUGGUCUUUAGCCGCGUCACACAGACAGUAGAGGUCCAGUCUCAGGCGCAGCAAUGUCCAGUCAACGUCUCCACCCAGAUGACCGGGAUCGGCUGCUACGUCUCAUGUAGGAACGACAAGCUGGUCUCCCCUGGAAAAUACGUUACAGCUGAUGAGUACCAUGACAGGAGGCUGAGAGCUGUAAUCUGUCUACAGUCAUUUGCUCGGCGGUGGCUGGCCCAACAGGCAGUAGACCAGCUGUGGAAGGAGCGAAACAGACGGCUGGCCUGGCUGGAGCUGCAGGAGAGGAAGAGGAAGGAAGAGAAAGAGGAACAGUUGAGAGACCGCCGCCACCGUUGGAUGAACCCACAGAGGAGGGAGGACUUCAACCUGCUGUACCAUGCUUUAGAGAAGUGGAGGAAUGAGGAGGAAGAGCGGAUCAACUCAACCCUCCGAGGAGCUGAGAGAAAGGCAGCUCUCUGUUUGUUGGUAGAGCAGGAGACGCAGCUCAUCGCUGCCAUCGGACAACAUCGCAUCACCGUCCACAACAACAACUAUGACAAAAUUGUGAGGAACUUCCUGGAUAAGUCAGCAGCUCCUCAUCAGUGGAGAAGGGCAGAUGGUCGUCUGAUUGAGAUGGACAGUGUGCAAACCAUCAGAGCCAGAGAGCUGCGAGAUCUCUACAACAAAAUUAGCCAGUCCACAGUAAGGCAAGAGGAGAGGCUCCAAGUCCUGAUGUCACUAAAACACACUGUCAAGGAGCAUGAGUGUCAGUUGACCCGGGACAUCGUGGAUUUGAUUGACAGGGAGGUGGACCUGAUGACUCGAGGAGUUAAGUCAGGUAGUUUGGUGGGGUUGAGGAAGAGGGUCUGUACUCUUUUCCUCCAAUACAUCAAAACUCCUGCUUUCAACCCUGAAGUGUCCAAACUGCUGAAGGUUCCCCAGAACCCCGCUCAGCUGAAGAAUGAUAUGUUCCUCUGCCGAUAUUGUCACCGCUACCUGCGGUCCGCAGACUUCAGUGUGUCUGCCAGUGGCUGCCUGAGUAGCCGGUGUCAGCACUGUGACAGACUGGACAACAUAGCUAGAUCCCGCGAUGACUUCUCCUUCUACAAAAACAUCCUGAGGAGGCUGAGAACUGAAGAGCAGCAGCUCAGUGAAAAAGCCAAGAUCCCCUUUCUGCUCCAGGUGGAGGAUAUGCGGUACCUGGUGGAGGUGAUCUGGGCGUCCCGCUCUGCCCUCAAUGCCUCCAAUGACCUCUACAACUUAGUGUUUGUUCGCUGGGAGCAUCGGAGGGACUGGAGCCCCUGGAACUGCAUACUGCUGUCCAAAGAAGAAACCCCAGCUCAUUUGCAGGUGGAGGAUGUUCACAAGGCAUACGAGGCGACAUUUGUCCGCGGGGUCCAACACAAACAUGCACUAGCUCGACGCCACUUCAGCCAAAUCCCUGUGAUGACUGAGUACCUGGACUCUAAUCCAGCUGCUGCCCUGGGCAACCAGUUUGUCUCUAAGUCCAUCACUAUGGCAACAGGCAAGCAUGCCACCAACACCACAGGGCCCUAGCUCGUUAAGAAGCACUCUGUGGUUUCCCUUUUUGUCACAUUGUUUCUCCCAUCACUUAUAUUGCCUGGAACUUUCUGAAUGAAAUCUAAAAUGAAAUUUACGAUAAAUUACCUCCCGGUUCUAGAUUCCUUUCUGUUUUAUGUUCAGAGAAGGAGAUAAUAAAUCGUUUUUACAAACAUCUCAA